AUGUGUGGAAUGUCAUCUUCAGCUAUUUGGAUGUUACGGGCGAGGGCUAACAUCGCUUCUGUAAAUAAACGGCUUAGUUCAUUGUUUUCUACAUGGAUUGAUAUUACAAUGCUUUCCAUUAAGCAAGAUAAUUUGUGUAUUGCUGGUGACAUUUUUAAAUGUAUAACAAAAUGUGAUCUAAAGUUAGUCCUUCAACAUUGUCCAAAUUUGAAUAAUAUCAAUAUUCAAGCAAUACGGGAUGAGAAUUAUUUGAAACAAUUAUCUAAAAUAGAACACCUCAGUGUUCUUACUAUAGCAAGUUCUGCAUUUAAUUCAUUGAGUUUCUCAUGCCUUAAUACAUUAUGCAUGAAAAAACUUCGCAAAUUAUGCAUAUUACAACGUUAUGAUGAAUUAAAAACCAUACAAAAUAUACUACGACAAAAUCAAUUAAUGCGAAUUAUUACUGCGCCAUUAGUUUCCAUACAACUUAGUGGCAUUGUAUUAAAACCAAACAUUUUCAAUGAAUUAUGUAAUGCAUUGAAAGAAACUCUCAGUGAGUUACUGAUUUGUGGUGCAUUAUGUAAUCCACCAGAUUUUGAUCAGUAUAUCACAUCAAUUGGAACAUUAAUUCAUCUAAAAAUACUCGAUAUUCCACCAUCAUUAUUCUCGUGCUGUCAUCGUGCAUUACCACAAAAAAUGUUUAUUUUAAAAACAUUAAACCUAAAAAAGAUCUCCGUUUAUGUGCAUUACUAUAGCGCACCAAAUAUUGCUCAAUUUUUGAGUACAAUGCCAAAAACAUUGGAAGAAUUAAUAAUAUUUCGUACCACUGAACUUGAUCAAACGACAUGGUCAAGAGAUUUUGAAAAAUUACCAUAUAAGGUUUAUCUAUGUCGUCUUGAUGAUGUAAUUUUUGAACAAUCAUGGAUGUGUGAUCGUAAUGAACUACUUAGUCAUACAUUAUGGUUACCACCAUACGAUCAUGUUCAUAAUUUCUCGAGAUUAGAUAUUCCGGCUGAAUGGUAUCAAGAUGUGUUUAGUACUAUUAAGGAAAUGAAUAAUCAGGAAGCUGUUACUACUGCUCAAUCAAAUUCUGUUUCAACUAGUCGAAGUGAAUUUGUUAAUUUAUCUCCAAGCAAUGAAGAUGCAGCAGUUACGAGUAAUAUUAGUGCACAAACAGUCCAAUCUUUUGUGGAAGACGGCCGAGGAUGA